AUGUCACAGAUGGGAUUCCCAGAGCUUUGGUGCAGUUGGAUGUGGGGGAUUCUUAAUUCUGCGAGAUCCUCGGUUCUGGUUAACGGAUCCCCUACUUUCGAGUUCAAGUGUGAGAAGGGGAUGCGACAAGGUGACCCGAUUUCCCCGUUCAUCUUCCUGAUUGUUAUGGAAGCGCUUUCGUUUUUGCUUGACAAGGCAAAGGAAGAAGGUAUUUUAAAAGGUAUUUCUACUCCGAACGAUGGUCCGUCUAUCUCUCAUCUUUUAUUUGCGAACGAUGCCAUUAUUUUGGGGGAUUGGUCUUCGGAAAAUGUUUUGAAUGUCGUUAGAAUUUUACGGGUUUUUCACAUGUUUUCGGGGUUGAAAAUAAAUUUGUCUAAAUCUAAUCUCUACGGCUUGGGGGUGGAAGAAGGGGAGGUUGAGGAGUAG